AUGGGAGAUUUCACAAUCGAAGCAUUCACCCUCCUGGCCAUCGCUAUCGCCACCAUCGUUCUCCGCAUCGUCGCUCGCUACAUCACAGUUGGAUUCAAGCAAUUCAAGCUCGAUGACUACUUAAUGCCUCUGGCGGGGGUGGUGUAUGCCCUCGAAACCGGCGCCGCCUACUGUGUCGGCGCCUUGUGGAAAGGCCUGGCCAACAACGCCAUGACCGACGCUGAUCGACGCGCUCUUAAUCCCUCAUCUGAAGAGUAUCGUCUGCGCGUCGGUGGUUCCAAGACCCAAGUCCUCGGCUGGUCUCUGUACACCACCUUAUUAUGGCUCCUGAAGGCCUGCAUGGCUAUCUUCUACGCCCGUCUCACGGCCGGUCUGGUCAACAUGAACAUCCGCGUGCGCAUCGCCUAUGUCUUCAUCGCUGCCACUUACAUCGCUGUCAUCUGCUCCAUCCUCUUUGGCUGUCGUCCCCUGCAUCGUAACUGGCAGAUCUAUCCCGACCCCGGGAAUCAUUGCCAGCCGGCUGUUUCGCAGAUCGAUGUCUACGUCACGGUUACGUUGAACGUCGUGACCGAUCUGUAUCUCAUUUCGAUUCCGACUCCGAUGCUGUUCAAGGCGCGUUUGCCUUGGCGGGAGAAAUUGGAAUUGCUGGUUCUUUUCAGUGGAGGUUUUUUUGUCAUAGCAGCAGGGAUUUUGAGAUGUGUGUUGAUCGUGACGGCCGGUCAAAACGGCGCCUCCCAAGCCGGCAGCUGGGCCUGUCGCGAGACCUUCGUGGCCGUCAUUAUCGGUAACGCUCCCAUGAUCUAUCCUCUCAUUCGACGUCUUGCUCGUCGCGCCACCGGAUAUAUCUCCACCAAGGGAGCCUCGUCGCAGGGUUAUCCUUUGUCCGAGGGUGAUCCCUCCACUCUGCAGAGUAAACGCCGUCGAUUCCGUCAUCCGCUGUCUCUCCCGACCCAGUGGAAUACCAUCAGCGACGAGCAUAUGGCUCUGUCUCGUCAAGAGCCGACGACGUGCACGGUCUGGGAUGGGAAUAGUACCAGGAGUGAGGAGGGGAUUAAAGUUGUGAGGGAGACGAUUGUACAGAGGCAAUGA